GUCGAGGAAGUAUCAUCCGGGCUCUGGUGAAAGUUGAUUGUCCGCCAUUAUUUUACCUGAAACUUCACCAGGCAAACUUCAUCCCCGGUCAUCCAUCUCUCCUCCGAGGGAAGCCGUCUAAUUUACCCCCUUGUGCUUCACCAGAAGUCGCAUGUCAAUCCAGAAUCUUAAUACUUUCGACCCCUUUGCUGAUGCAGCACGUGGGACAGAUGAGGGUGUCCAGGAUGGCCUUGUGCAUAUAAGAAUCCAGCAGCGCAAUGGCCGGAAGACACUCACCACGGUGCAGGGUUUGUCUUCGGACUAUGAUCUGAAGAAAAUUGUCCGUGCCUGCAAGAAAGAGUUUGCAUGCAACGGCACAGUGGUUGAACACCCUGAGUACGGAGAAGUGUUGCAGCUACAGGGUGACCAGCGAGAAAAUAUUUGCCAGUUCCUGACCAAGGUGGGGCUAGUCAAGGCCGAGCAGAUAAAGGUCCACGGCUUCUAAUGCCCCACCAACACUCAAUACAGCACUGCUGUCCAGAACCCUGGGCAUGCCACGAGUUUCCCAACGUGUCACAUAAGACUAAUAAUCCCCCACUGCGACUACCACUCUUCAUAACCAUGUGAUCUAAGUGUCCAUCUGGUCUCAUGCCAAUGGUACGAAUAAUUUAUAAUACUUUCAAUGUCACGAUCCUUUCUAUGAUCCCAGCCGAAGCCAAGGGUUCCGGGUCUGGUGGAGAACUGACGGAGGCACUUUAAUACUGCGGUAAUCAUCAAUCACGGUGGGGGUGGCGGGGGGAGGUACAGCACAACACCACUACAGUAUCCAGGUGCCAUGCCCCUGAGCAAUAACAUCUGUAUUAUGAGAUAUUUCACAAGAUUUUCAUAACUUCUUGCCUCCCAAUAGGACAUGUACACUUGUACAGAAUUUACUUGACACCUUCAAAACUAGGAUGUAUCUGGAUAAUUGUAUAGAUGUGUUUCGGGAAUGAUUGUUUAUGUUAGAGCGAGCGCAAGGACUGCAUUGAUUUUCCAGGCUGUUAUUUUUCUACACAGGAUUACUCGAAUUGGUUUUUAACGUCAGUGUUUUAUGUUUGUUUGGUGUGUAGUGCAGCUUUUCAGUGAUGUAUAACCAAAUAAAGAUCUUAAAAUAAAUGGGGUAAAUCCCCUUUCCUUUCAUCAGCCUACUUAAUGGGUAGUUUAUUCUUGGAGUUCGAUAUUACUGUAAUGGGAUUGGCUUCCCGUUUUAAAGACUGAAGUGCUCUUUAAAUCUGGUUUACCAGCCACCAUAAUUUCAGGGCUAUAGUGUUACUUUUAUGACCAGGUUUGUAAUGUACAAAGCUGAAUAAAUAAAUGCAGUUGUGAACGAGUACUGCUUAACCCAUGAAGAAAAAUGUCUUUGAUGUACUAGACUAGAGUAAUAACUGUAUUGAUGUUCUUUGUAGCUGUAUGAGGAGCCAGGAAGUUUUUUCUUAAUUUUAGGGUUUCUUAGUAUACAGUACAUACAUGCAGCAUGAAUUAUAUCCUUGAAAAGAUAUGGUGAAUCAUUAUACAAACCUUCGCACAGGCAGGAACUUGGCAUGCUGCCAUGACAGGAGUGCAAACUCAUGCAUUUGCCAUGCUGUGCUGUGACUAGGUUGCAUUCUAUUUUCAGAGUUAGGAUGCCUAAAUCUUUGUUAUUUGGGGUUUUUGUCAUGAGGAACAUAAGUUUUAAUGUUACUAAAGACUGUGGUUAUGGUUACAAUCUUUAUGAAGUUUCAUUGGGACAGGAAGCCAUGGGAGCUGAAUUUUAGGUAAAAUUGUACUGUACAGUAUUUGUAGCUGUCAUUUUGUUAAUGGCAAAUUGUAUUAGUUACCUAUAUUAAAUUUAUUGUUUAUUUGAUAUUGUACAUUCCAUUGGUUUUAAUAAAUGUGAAAAAUUUACUGUUAAUUUUUGCAUUAAUGUAAUCCGCAAACAGCAUGUGAUUACACCAUUACAAAACCAUAUUGUGAUUAGGUUACAGUUUUAUGUUCCCAAACUAGGUGAAUUUUUGUACAUCUGCAGUCAAAAAGUUAUAAUUCUGA